AUGUUAAGAACGGCAUUGCGGUCUUUUUCAAGGCCUGUUCACGGCAAUGCUCGGUGUUCUUGUUUUCUAGCUACUCAGCGGCCACACCCAAGCAGACGCCAUUACUCAUCGAAUCCGCCAGAUCAAGAGGAGCAAAAGCCUGUUCCAGCCCCUAAUCCAGAUAAUGGAAAUGAAAAUAUAACCCGAGUCAAUGCGCCGAAAGAUAUUUCUUUAGACAAUGACAAUGCCAAUACAUCCUUCGAGAUACAAAAGGUUCCAGUGCCACCAUCCCCUAACCCACCUCAUAAGGGCCUCCAAUUAGGCGAGAACAAGGGGCGAGGGAAGAAAGGUGCAAAGUUGCAGGCAAAGGAAAAGACGAAGCGACAGCCGAAGAAGCGCGCGAAAGCACCACCACCACCUCCUCCUCCUCCUCCUCCUGCUCCAGCGUCCAAAAAGAAUCCACCCACAUCAGUGUCGCCGGAUGAGGCCACGAAAAUCCACGGCUUAGUGAAACAUAUUGAAGAGAAACAUUCGGGGACUCUAGCUUCGAAUGAGUUUACACUUACUCCUCUUGAUAUCGAAACAACACCUGUCCCGAAUCUAGCAUACGGGCUGGAUCGGGUUCUUUUUAAUCCUGGUGUUUAUCACCUUCGCGAUCCCCGGUCACGAAUCUACAAUUUCGACCCAUAUUUAGGGAAUAUAAUGCCCGUUUCGGAGUUCGAUUUCGAAGCCCUCAAAGAAUACAUUACGUCUUCUAAGGACGAAGCCCUCAUUCAGCUUGCUCGAGAUCAGAAAAGGAAAUAUGUUGGCUCUUCGUCUAGCAUGACGACAGUUCUUGCUCAUUUCCACUAUCUGCUCUCUCAAUGGCGACCAAUCAACCGCGACACUGUCUCGUUGGGAUUUCCAGAAUCCCUGCGUAGCUUCACACGACUUUUGCGAGCUCCGGCUGCAAUGUUCCUUCAUUACAAAGAUGGCGUGUAUGCUAUCGAUGCCGAUAAGGAGUAUGAUAACGCAAACAUUCUAAUGAAUCUUGGAAAAUCCAUGGAAAAGCUUCUCACAGUCUCCAAGGACGAGUUUGAGCGUUAUCGAAAGUCUAGUGAGAACAAAAUAACUGCAGAAGAGGAAAGAUCCAUCCCAGAAUCAUUUCAUUACUCUACCUUAGGCGACUUUGUAAUGCGGUCUCAAUUGGAUGCCUACGACCCCCGACUUCCAGGAACCGGAAUGUUUGAUCUGAAAACCCGCGCCGUAGUAUCCAUCCGCAUGGACGUGAAGAAUUUUGAGAAGUCGAUGGGAUACGAGAUCAAAGGCCGCUUUGGUAUGUGGGAAUCAUAUGAACGAGAAUACUACGACAUGAUCCGCGCGGCGUUUCUAAAAUACUCUCUUCAAGUCCGAGUCGGUCGUAUGGACGGUAUCUUUGUUGCGUUCCAUAACAUCGAGCGCAUCUUUGGAUUCCAGUACAUCCCCCUGUCAGAAAUGGACUUGGCGUUGCAUGGGCAGACAGACCCGACCUUGGGUGACAAGGAGUUUGCGUUGAGUAUCAAACUCUGGAACAACAUCCUUGAUAAAGCCACCGCGAAAUUCCCGGACCAGUCACUACGUCUUCAUUUCGAGACGCGUGACGCAAAGGUGCCGUACAUGUAUAUUUUUGCGGAACCCGUGACGAAUGAAGAUAUCAAGGCGAUUCAGGAGAAAAACAAGGCUGCCAUUGAGGAGUAUCAGCGACGAAUACUGCACCCGGAACUUGUGGCUGCAGAAGAGGAAAAUAAUCACCAAAAGGAAGACGAAAACGCGUCCCUCGAUGCAGUGGAGGAUGUUGAAGAUACUUUCGAAGCUGUUGAAUCGACUGAUGACAAUAUCACCUCUGUCGAAUCAGGAAGUGUCAAAGCAGACGACACCACCGCCACCUCCUCCUCUUCCAAACCUCCUGCUACCACCCCCGACCCCUCCACCAAUCUCCUCGGUAUGGUCCUCACAAUAAGAAACAAUAUCAACGACAAAGCUGUGCCCCGUCCCCGCAACCUCAGCGCCGAUGACGACUGGAACGUCGACUACGAACUCAGCGAACUAAAGAAUAACAGCCACCUCCGCCAACUUUACGACGCGAUCAAAAGACGACGAAAAGCCACGCUCGAGUUCCGAGGCGAAGACGAGAGUUUUUAUAUUCGAAAAAUGCACAGUUUGGCACAGGAGGGCAGAGAGUGGAGAGCAGAGCAGGAUCGGAUUGAUGAAGAGGAGGGGGUUUUUGUUUAUGAUUCCAUUGAGAAUGUGAAUAAGCGCAUCAACAGUAAUAAAAAUGAAAGUGGUGGUGGAGAGAGGGAGGACGCGCAGUGA